AUGGAUGCUAUAUUUUCUUCUCCAGCUAGUCACACCACAUAUAAAAAUGGAGUAAUGUAUAAUUUUUCUACAGUUUCAGAAUUGCUUACUUCAGGAGCAUCUAACAAAUCAGAGUGUUUAAAGGAUGAACGAUCACUUGGUGUUGCUCUAGCUGUUUUAUAUGGAAUAAUUUUUGUUAUUGGUCUGCUGGGCAACAUAUUAGCCUUAUAUGUUUUUCUGUGUGUCCACAACAAGAGGAAUUCGGUGCAAGUUUACCUCCUUAAUACAGCUAUUGCAGAUCUGUUACUGAUUUUUUGUCUUCCCUUUCGGAUCGCAUAUUAUCUUACACAACAGUGGGACAUGGGCAUAGUUUUCUGUAAAGUGAUUGGAAAUUUAUUUUACCUGAAUAUGUACAUGAGCAUCAUUCUUUUGGGUCUAAUAAGCAUAGACCGUUAUAUGAAAGUGAAAAAGUCUCUACGACGGCACAGAGUGUCCAAGAGAAAAUGUAGCAUUCAAAUUUGCUGUAUUUUGUGGGUGGCAGGAGCCAUAGCAGUGGUGGUUCUCAUAACUGCUCAGUCAAUGAAAGCACAAUCAAACCCAAAAGAGUGUUUUUACUACACUGACAAAAAAGAUGCAGUGUGGCAAGCAGUUUUCAAUUACUUCAUCGUGCUUGUCUUUUGGAUUGUUUUUCUUUCUCUAAUCUUGUCCUAUAUGAAAAUUGCAAAAAACCUUCUGAGAAUAUCCAAGGAAAGAGCUCAUUUGCCAAGUGCUGGGAAAUACAAUGGAACUGCAUGGAAAUCUUUUUUUGUGCUUUUCAUCUUUACUAUAUGUUUUGUCCCAUACCAUACCUUCAGGAUUUUUUAUAUUACAUCUCAACUGAAGAAUACUUCCUGUUACUGGACAGACAUUAUUCACAAAACCAAUGAGAUAAUGCUGGUAUUUUCUGCUUUGAACAGCUGUCUAGACCCAGUAAUGUACUUUCUACUAUCUAGCAGCAUCCGCAAAACCACCUUUCAGCUGCUCUGCAGAGUCAGUCGGGACUCCAUGAGGAGCGAGAGCAAUACUUCAGAUCUUCAUCAUGGACAUACGUUGAAUGAAAACGCUUGCGCAUCCACUCAUAGUCUUCAUUCACAUAGUAUCAUUAGUCCGAAGCUUGUCAAAAAAUAA